UCAUUCUCUCUCUCUCUCUUCACGUUCGUUUUCUCACACACAAAAUCCUCUUCUCUCCCCACGGCGCAAUCAAGGCAGACUGCGUUUUUCCGGUGCUUCUCUUUCAUCUAUACUCUCUCUUUCUCUUUUCAUCACUCUCUUCAUAAAAACCCACCAAAUAUAUAACCUUGAAUCAUCAUCUAUCAUCAUCUUUCGAUUACGUAACAACGAUUGAUAGACAGACAGACAUACAAACACUUGCUCUAGGAAACUUCGCCUAUCGAUACUGCUGUUCGCCAUUGACGAACCUUGGCGGCGCUCCCCAUACUUAGGGUUUGCCCAUUUUCGGACAAUUCAGGGUUACCCGGUUCUUUUACCCUCUAUAUCUCUCCAGAUUGUUCCCUUUAUGCACUAAUUUCUCCACUGUCAAAAACUCUUAACUUGCUCCUUCUGGGUUCUCCUCUCUGGUUAGAAAUUUCGUUUCUUUGUUUAAUGGUCUCUUAUUCUAGGGCUUUCCGCUGUUUUCUCCUUUCUUCUAUCAUCAGUUUGUAGCCUUCUUCUAUUCCUUGCCUCUUCCUUAUAUAAUAAGAAGGAGAAUUCGGUACUGGCAUGUUCAAACUGUUUAUGAGGUAAGGGAAUUCAUUCUUUGUCAUUCACCUAUUAUGCUAAACCUUAUUGUAAGGGACCUGCAAGAUUGGAUGAGUUUUUGUUAUUUCUAGUGUCCUGGAGUGUCUGUCUGGUAGUCAGUCAUUGCUUAUGGUUUGGAGUGCAAGUGCAGAGGCACAUCAAUAGAAAUUGAUUGUUUUCUGAUGGCCUAGGAAGAUUAACAGAUUAACAUUUGGAAGAACCCUAACUUUUGUUUGAGAAACAAGUAAAUGAUUGGCCAGUGAUUCAAUAGAGAGUCUUUUUGUGUAUAUCUUUUUUCUUUUUCACUUCAUUAUAUAAUGUUUAGUAGUAAUUAUGGAAAGAAUUGAACCUACAUUGAUUCCCCAAUGGCUGAAAGGCACUGGAAAUGUAACUGGUGGAGCUACUGCUUUACAUCAAACAUUGUCAUCCUCAUUAAUCUCUGAUGAUCACACUACACCUAAACAUGCAAGAAAUAGGCAGGCAAAUGUAAAUGGACAUGAUAUAGGCAGAUCAUAUAACUCUGAUAGAACUACAUCUUCCUACUUUCGUCGUAGUUCCAGCAGUAACGGAUCAGGUCGUCGUGCUCAAAGUAGUUUUGGGUGGGAAAGAGAAAAGUACGAUUCCAAGGACAAGGACAAGUCAAUUUUGGGUGAUUUCAGGCGAUUUGACUAUUCUGAUCCUUUUGAUAACAUACUACCAAACAGGGCUGAGAAGGAUUUGAGACGUUCACAGUCGCUGAUAACUGGGAAAGGAGGCGAAUCAUCGCCAAGAAAAGUGUCUACUGAAUUCAACAAUAAUAAGAGUAACCAUGGUAAUAGUAAUGGCCUGGUUUCUGUGAGCAGUUUGAUUAACACAGUGCAAAAAACUGCAUUUGAGCGAGACUUUCCAUCACUAGGAGCUGAUGAAAAGCAAUUAGCUUCUGAGGUUAGAAGAGUUUCAUCACCUGUAUUGGCUACUGCCAUCCAAACCUUGCCAACAAUAUUAGGUGGAGAUGGUUGGACAUCAGCACUAGCAGAGGUUCCUGUUAUAGUUGGUAGUGGAUCUGUUCAACAACCUAUUACCUCAACUGCUGCUACUUCCAUAACUUCAAGCACAAUUGGUGUGCUUAACAUGGCUGAGACUGUGGCUCACGGCCCUACUCGUGCCAAUAAUAUACCACAGUUACCUGUUGGAAAUCAGAGAAUGGAAGAGUUGGUUCUUAAGCAAUCUAGGCAAUUAAUUCCUGUUAUACCAGCUAUGCCAAAAAAUUCGGUACUGAAUGCUCCAGAGAAAUCCAAAUCCAAGACUUCACAACCUCAACAAAAUCCAUCUUCAUUUGCUAACCUUUCCCCACGAGCCAAUGCUGUAAAACCCGAUCUUCAUCGAACAUCUAUGGGCGGAAAGCAGCUCCAUGUUCUCAAACCAUCUCGAGAAAGAAACAAUGGUUCUCCUCUUGCCACAAAGGACAAUUCAACCCCCAUCGACAGCAAAAUUGCAGGAGUUAAUGUUGUUCUCUCUUCUUCAUCUGUUGCUCCUCCAGUCAAUAGCAGGCCGGUCCCACCAAUUUUGGAAAAGAGGCAAACUCAAGCUCAAGCUCGAAGCAGAAACGACUUCUUCAAUCUCGUGAGGAAGAAUUCUAUGCCCAAUCCAUCUUCGAUUGAAAUUGGAACCAGUCCUACUGAAGCAGUAGUAGCCGAUUCUCCUGUUGUUAAACAAUCCGGGGAAAUCGAUUCUCCUCCAUCGGAUAUGUCAGUUACAAAGCAAUUGACGGACAAGGUUGAUGAUGAUAUGAACAAUUAUGGAAAGACCCUUUACUCUGAAGAAGAAGAGGCUGCGUUUCUGAGGUCUCUCGGUUGGGAAGAGAAGAAUAAUGGAGAAGAUGAAGGACUUACUGAGGAAGAGAUCAGUGCUUUCUAUAAGCACGUUGAUGAGUAUAUUAAACAGAAGCCAACGUCGAAAACUUCGCAAAAGAUACAGCCGAAGUUGUUUGGACCUCGGAAUUCAAGUAUCAGCAGCGACGAUGGGACGACUUGCUCUGGAUCGAGUUCUUCGGAUUCGAAAGCUGAUUCCUAAUUUAAUGAUGGUGGGUUUUGUCAUUCAUAAUGGUUUACUUUCAUUUGGUUUUGAAGAAUUGGGAGAUAAAGAGGAAGCAGUAAAAAGAUUUAAAAAGAAAAUGAAAAUAUUUUACUAGUUAACUUUUUUUUUU